AUGGCGGGAAGUGACCCUCGGAAGCAACUCCUAACUCUAAUCCGAGACUUCGCCUCUGAAAAAUCGCAAGGAGAGAGAAGAGUUAUUGGCUUAAAGAAGCGAAUCGAAGAACUUCUCUCCGAGCUCGACGUAGCAAAUGCAGAGCUCGAAGACGCCAAGCGUGCGAAAGAAACUGUUGAGCAAGAGCUUAGAGGCUACGAAGUUGAAAAUGCUAUGAACGACCAUUCGAUUCAGACCCUAGACGCUAGAAUAUGUCUGAUUCAGGACGAGAUAUCCUCUGUUGGAUCUGAUCUAGAUUCUCUUAAGGUUAAAGAAGGAGCUUCGCGAGAUGAGUUUAUAGGACAAAUGUGUAAGCUUAACACCAUGAUAAGGAAAUUCCAAGAGACAAUUGCGUGUAAUGUUCACUAUGAAAAUCAUGUUGGAACUGCAGCAGAAGCAGAACACAAACAUGAGGAGGAAGUCACUGAAGCUGCUUUAAAAACUACGGAGGAUACACUGUCCCAUACAAUCUCUCAAAUAAGUAAAGAGGAAGAAGAAUACCAAGCAGAGCAGGAUAUUCAAAAGAAGUUCCAGCAGGAGUUGGUUGAUCUCGAGAAGAAGGUAUCUCUGAUGGAAGUAAUACUGAAAGUAACGAAAGCAUUACAAGACAUGACCAGGCAGACUUCUGAACUGGAAGUCACGUGUGCUUCCCUCGGUGAGGAGUUGCAGAGGAGAUGUGUAUGUCCAAGUUGUCACCUAGAUAAUGUGGAGGCCCUGGGCAAGCUGCUUCAGUGAUGCAGGUUUGGAGUUGAAUUGGUGAUACUUCUCUGGGAGAAAGAAUGGGAAUGACCAUUGCCAUUGGUGUCACUGCGUGUCCUGUGUCCCGACCUGUAGAUAGAAUUGUGGAGAAAAUUAAGCUUUCCUCCUAUGUAAAUGCAUGACUGUUGUAGAAAUUGGUCAUUUCUCUAUGUCUACUUCA